AUGCAAGCUGCAUCACCUGUCAUUCUAGCUCUUACCGCUCCAAUUUCUUUGACUAAGGGACCGUUAUAUUCUUUGGUGAUAGCCUCUGUAAGUGGGUUAACCAACUUAUUUUGGUUAUUGCCCUGGACCCAUAGAGUCAAAGAACAAAGAAAAGAUAUUAGUAAGAAAUACACAGGCGAUGAAUUAGAGGCAAAGGACGCUGUACUUCGUAAAGAAUUUGGGAAGUCUCACGGAUUGAGUCUUUUGUUCAAUCUUUCUAACGUUUGUGGGAUGCUUGCCUAUGGUGUUUGUUUGUCAGGAGGUUUACUAAGAAAAAUUCCAAAAUAA